AUGGCUUGCCCCCAUCUAAAAACGGACGGUCUUAUCCCCAUCCGCUUCCUCUUUGCCUGCAUGAUGUUUCUGGGGAUAGCCACCGUUCAGAUGAUGCGGUUCAACAUCAGCGUUGCCAUGGCGAUAAUGGCUGGGAGCGGUCAUCUCAACAUCACAACAUCGGACCUGUUACCCUCGCAAACGCCGAUGAAUGAAUCUUAUCUUGCGAGCUCCGACAACGCACUCAUGAAGAUGCAUGAUAGGAACAUAAGUGAAAGUAGUGACUCAAAGAAAGAGACCGAGUUUAACUGGAGCAGUCACACCCAAGGGCUCCUCCUAGCCGCCUUCUUCAUCGGGUAUACCUUAGGUAACAUUCCAGCGGGAUGGCUUGCAGACAAGCUAGGAGGAAAGUGGAUCAUUUUUGGUGGGGCCUGUGGAAGCGCCAUUUUUAAUGCCUUGGGACCGCUAGCGGCUCGAUCCAGCGUUGCACUCUUCUUCGCAACACGUUUUCUGGCCGGUAUUUCAGAGGGUUUCAUCUUUCCGGCUGUUAACACCAUGGUGAAUAAUUGGUCACCAGUCAACGAGAGAACGCGAAUGAUGACAUUUAUUGUAGCAGGGAUGGCCUUUGGACCUGCCAUUGGUCAGUCACUUUCUGGAAUAAUCUGUGCUAACCUUGGAUGGCCCGCCAGCUUCUACUUUUUCGGCGGUCUUACCAUCACAUGGGCCUUUUUCUGGGCAGUAACGACGAAUGAGGAUCCUAGUCGACAUCCAUUCAUUACGAGAAAAGAACGGGUCUAUAUCGAGACAACAAGAUCCAAAAGAUCGGGUACGAAGAAGGUGCCUAUCCGGUCCAUCUUACUCUCGUUACCGUGCAUCGCCUUCUGCGUAGUCCUGUUCGGCAUUCCUGGUUUUGUUUACUUCUGCUUAGCAUGCAGUCUCCCUAUCUAUUUCAAACACGUAUUGGGGUUUGAGAUUUUGUCUGUCGGCUUUCUAACAUCUAUUCCAUAUGUGUGUCAGUGGAUAAUCUCACUGCUUGCGUCAUCCAUAGCAGACGCUCUGAGUGGUCGAAAUAUCCUAAGUAGAACAUCGGUGCGGAAAUUUACAAUUUGUUCAGGAGCACUGAUAAUGGCCGCUUGUUUUUUAACGAUCUCUUUCGUCGUGCAAAGGAACACGUCUUUCAUCGUUAUACUUAUGAGUGUGAUGUAUGGAGCAAUGGGCUUGGUGUUUUCAGCUGCCUUCGUCAACGCUCUGGACAUCGCGCCUAGCUUCUCCGGCACGGUAACCGGCAUUGGCAACGGCAUCGCUGUCACAUCGGGGUUCAUUGCCCCUCUCGUGACGGCAGUGUUUACCGAGGAUCAGGCCGACCCUGAGGGAUGGAGGACUGUAUUUAUCAUCACGGCCGCAAUCACUCUCAUCAGUGCCCUCGUCUUUCUUGUAUUCGGCUCAGGCGAUGUCCAACCCUGGGCUAUCCCAAUAGAUGCUGAUGUGCAUAGAAUGGACAAGAACCAACCACUCAGUAUUAAAGAUCCUGAGGAAAAUGCAGCGAUGAUGGAGAAAAUAAUUAUUAAGCCACGUUUAAUAUGCUUAACGAAAUUACCUUGAACGACUGUAGUCCAAGAAACCGAAAGCACACGAGACCGACCUUGCUGGUCUCGCAGGCCUGCACUGACAACGUUAUAGAGAGACUGACGGCCCACAGGACCAACAGCUAACUAACUAUACCAACCGUGUCGUUCUCGAUCAUGGGCAGUCUAGCCACUUUUCAGAGGGUUCAAGACCUACGACGCACGCUUGUAUGGGACCGAUAACUUUCCAACCAGACCGUCAUUAAUUUUGUCUCGUGGGAUGUCGGUCUUUUGUUCCGUUGGUCUCGUUGUCCUUUUGUGACCAUUAAAACAAAAUUUUAUAUUCAUUUAUGUCUAUCUUUGCUUUGUCAGACUCAUGGGAUCUCAGGUAUUACCCCACCUUGAACAACAUCUAUUUAGCUAAAAUAUACUCUUCCCUAUCCUAUUGAAUGUGCUGUAGCAUGCAUUACAGGAUUGCCCGAGACUCGUGGCACUUUUCCAGCCGAUCUCUCACCGUUUUCCCAUUUUUUAUCAGUGGUGCGGGAACAAAUGCUUUCUUAAAGAACAAGUCAACUUUUGAUGGUGGAACUGCAUUUCGUGAAGAGCUACAUAUUGUGUAUCACUAUAAUAAGUUCUUUGGCUUAGCCAAUAGACUUAUAUAGAAACUUGUUUAACAUGAUGAAAAUUUAUUUAAAUUUCAGGUAUUAUUCAAAAACUUAUAUUUAUUUCAUUUAUAUUUAAAUAGUUCCAUUCGGUGUCAGUUUUGUUUUGAUCUGUGAAAUUUGGCUUACCGAUACGGUUACUAACAGAACUUAAAGUUUUUCGUUAAUUUUGAAAAGUGAACCAGGACACUUUGCAUUAUGUUUUCUUGUAUCGUACUCAAGGCCAUCCGUUAUUAUUGCCCUCUGAUUUAGUACAGUGGUUUACGGGGAAACCAGGAAGAGGGCAAUAUGGCAAAUAUUGCCUGCUCCGGUUUCAUAUUCGGAGCAGCGUGCAAAAUACGAAAAAUAUAUGUAAAGCAUAUCUGAUAUAUAAUAAGCAUGAUAUAGAUAUGCAAAUUAUACAAGCGAAUGGUGGAGGCCAAUUUUCUAUGUUUUGAAUAUGGAUCAAUACAAAUUUAAAAAAUCUA